UUUUUCCGCCUGUAUAAAACGAGAAGUUCGCGUAAAACAAAAUACAGAUGGAGAAGGCUAGCCGGCUCGCUGUGUCACAGAGAGUCCCCUUAAGCCUACGUGACAACUCACAUACGGUCCCUUUGUGACUAGCUUAAUCGGCAGAAUGCCCGGUCUCUGCGUGCUUUGUCUCGCCGCCGCGCUGGCUGCGUUCACCCGGCUCGCCGGCACCGUGGGGCCGGUGGUCCGAUGCGAGCCGUGCGAUGCCGGGGCGCUCCUGCAGUGCAAGCCGCUGCCGAAGGACUGUGCGGAGCGGGUGAGGGAGCCCGGCUGCGGCUGCUGCAUGACGUGCGCCCUCGGCGAGGGACUGGCGUGUGGAGUUUAUACGGCGCGCUGUGGCUCCGGUUUGACCUGCCAGCACCAGCCGGGGGAGAGUCGACCCCUGCAAGCUCUUCUGGAGGGACGGGGAGUGUGCUCCAGGGCCGCGUCCAAAAAGCUCAACAGCAUUCUCAUACCGCCGCAAAAACAAGAGAACGCUGGAAAUCAGGUAGAAGACGGCUUUGCCAAUGUGACUGUGGCGAUGACAGUGUUGCCUGGCGUGGCAACCGUGAAGGGUGGGCACAGUCGGGGGUCAAUGGACACCAGGCCUCCACUGCACAACAAGCUGAUCCAGAAAGAUCAGAACAGGAAGACUCAGAGCUACAAGGUGGAAUCAGUGUCAGGAGGAGCCAAUAUGGACAUGCACAACUUCUCCCUGGAGAACAAGAGGGAGACCGAGUAUGGGCCAUGUCGGCGGGAGAUGGAGAGCAUCCUGAGCAGUCUUAAAAUCAGCAACGUGCUCAACCCGAGAGGCUUCCGCAUACCCAACUGUGACAGAAAGGGCUUCUACAAGAAAAAACAGUGCCGUCCAUCCAAAGGCAGGAGGCGGGGGUACUGCUGGUGCGUGGACAAAUACGGGCAACCUCUGCCCGGCUACGACGGCAGGGAGCGGGGCGAGACACAGUGCUACAACCUGGAGAGCAAAUGAGAAAAUGGAGAAACAACGAGUGGAUGGAGAGAGGAAGACGGAAUAAGAGGGGGGGCGGGGGGAGAAGACAGAGAGAGAAAGCCUACUUUGCUCUUGCAUGUAGUUUUAUGUAAACAUUUGAACGGGCUCUGGACCUUUGAUUUCAGGUCCCAUUUCUGUCAGAGAGUUAGGAUGAGAACAAGGGGGAGGGGAGGGGAAAGGGGUGGAGCACAGCCUCAGCGACCGGCCAAGCCUCCUGUCCAUCACAGCUAUCUGUCCUGUGCUUAGGGAACCUUUAUCCUUUCUUAAAAAAAAAAACAAUUAAGC